AUGGCUCGACGUGGCUCAGGAUCCUCUUCCGCGUUCCAGUGGACAACCAUCUUCUACCUCCUCCUCAUUUUUGUAUGUCCUUUGGCUUUGAUCGGUUCCGUACACGCCCAAGAUCAGACUCCCUUGAACGAGUCGGACGCCAACUAUGGCACCGUCAUCGGUAUCGAUCUGGGUACCACUUACUCCUGCGUCGGUGUGAUGCAGCACGGCAAAGUCGAAAUCAUUGUAAACGACCAAGGAAACCGGAUUACUCCCUCUUAUGUAGCCUUCACGGACGAUGAGCGGUUAGUGGGAGAUGCAGCGAAGAAUCAAUACGCCGCGAACCCCACGAGGACAAUCUUUGACAUCAAGCGUUUAAUUGGCCGCAAGUUCCAGGAUAAGGACAUCCAACGAGACAUUAAGCACUUUCCUUUCAAGGUCGUCAACAAAGAUGACAAGCCUAUGGUCACCGUCGAGGUUGCCGGCAGCCCGAAGACCUUCACUCCCGAGGAAAUCUCCGCCAUGGUUUUGGGCAAGAUGAAGGAAGUCGCCGAAGCAUACCUGGGCAAGAAAGUCACUCACGCUGUUGUCACGGUGCCAGCAUACUUCAACGAUAACCAGAGACAAGCCACAAAGGAUGCCGGUACGAUCGCUGGUCUGACUGUUCUUCGCGUGGUCAACGAACCCACCGCUGCAGCUAUUGCCUACGGUCUCGACAAGAAGGGUAAGGAGAGCCAGAUCAUCGUCUACGAUCUUGGUGGUGGUACUUUUGAUGUUUCUCUUCUGUCGAUCGAAGACGGCGUUUUCGAGGUGCUGGCAACCGCCGGAGAUACCCAUCUCGGUGGCGAAGAUUUCGACCAGAGAGUCAUCGACUACUUUGUCAAACUCUACAACAAGAAGAACGAUGUCGACAUUCGCAAAGACCUCAAGACCAUGGGCAAGCUGAAGCGCGAAGUCGAGAGAGCCAAGCGAACCCUGUCAUCUCAAAUGUCUACUCGCAUCGAAAUCGAAGCCUUCCACAACGGAAACGAUUUCUCCGAGACCUUGACCCGAGCCAAAUUCGAGGAACUCAACAUGGACCUGUUCAAGAAGACCCUCAAGCCAGUUGAGCAGGUCUUGAAGGAUGCCAAGGUCAAGAAGAGCGACAUUGACGAUAUUGUCCUGAUUGGUGGUUCUACCCGUAUCCCCAAGGUUCAAUCCAUGAUUGAAGAAUAUUUCGGAGGCAAGAAGGCCAGCAAGGGUAUCAACCCUGAUGAGGCCGUCGCCUACGGUGCCGCUGUCCAAGGUGGUGUUUUGUCCGGUGAAGCCGGUACCGAAGACAUCGUUCUCAUGGACGUCAACCCGCUUACUCUUGGAAUCGAGACCACCGGCGGUGUCAUGACCAAAUUGAUUCCCCGCAACACCGUCGUCCCCACCAAGAAGUCUCAGAUCUUCAGUACGGCUGCUGAUAACCAGCCGGUCGUCCUUAUCCAGGUGUACGAAGGUGAACGAUCACUGACCAAGGACAACAAUCUUUUGGGCAAAUUCGAACUCACCGGUAUCCCUCCGGCCCCCCGCGGUGUGCCACAGAUUGAGGUUUCCUUCGAACUUGACGCCAAUGGAAUUCUCAAAGUCUCAGCUGGCGACAAAGGCACUGGCAAGUCCGAAUCCAUCACCAUUACCAACGACAAGGGCCGUCUGUCACAGGAAGAAAUCGAUCGAAUGGUUCAAGAGGCCGAGCAAUUCGCCGAAGAGGACAAGCUGGUUCGAGAGAAGAUUGAGGCCCGUAACAAGCUCGAGAACUACGCUGUUUCUUUGAAGAACCAGGCCAACGAUGACGAGGGGCUCGGUGGCAAGAUCGACGAUGAAGAAAAGGAAACUCUGUUGGACGCUGUCAAGGAGACCCAAGAAUGGCUCAUCGAAAACGCCGACACCGCCGAGAAAGACGACUUUGAUGAGCAAUACGAGAAGUUGUCUCAAGUAGCGUACCCGAUCUCGAGCAAGUUGUACGGUGGCGGCGCCGGAGGAAUGCCAGACUACGGAGCAGAUGAUGACGAUGACUUGGGCCAUGAUGAAUUGUGA